UACUCUCUCCGGGCCGUUUUUGGAACCAUGCAUUUUUAGUGGCUUAUAUAGAUUGAGAGUAGACCAGCAGACAUGAGUACCUGCUGUUUCUGGUUGAAAUAGAGCGGAACUUAUUAUCAUACGCGUUCUGGUAAAGAAGCUAUUUCUCUCCUCCAGCGAUUUUACCUUUCUCUAUAACUACAUUCUCCCUUCUUUCAAGACCCAUAAAAAUAUGGCAUUUAAUUUCGGAGGCGCUGCAACCACCGCGACACCACCACAACAACAACAAUUAGGUGGCGGGGGACUUUCAUUCGGCAAUCCGUCGUCUGGAACAACAACAGCUACGGGUGGAUUCGGCAGUGGUGGAUUCGGUUCAACAGCACCAACAGCAACCUCCACUGGUGCCGCUGCACCUGCAACAUCAAGUGCAUUUGGAUUUGGACAACAACAACAACCUGCUACAUCUACGACCAGCUUAUUCAGUAACCCAGCAGGAGCAGGUACUGGUCUACAACAACCUGCUACAUCUACAGCACCCACAUUGGGUGGAUUUGGCGGCGGAUUCGGUUCUUCUUCUUUAGGUGGUAGUAGUAGUCUAUUCGGCAACAAAGGAACUACUACCUCUGGAGGAUUUGGCGGAGGAUUCGGUUCUUCGACUAAUGCAACAACGUCAUUGGGUGGAUUCGGUAGUGGUCUUGGGGGCGGUUUGACUGGAACAAACACCAUGAACCAGCAACAGCGCGAUCGACAAAUCUGGCAACUGUUAUUACAAGUGGAUGAUGAAGCACGACGACAGCAGGCAGCAUUAUUGACUACGGGCGAACAAUAUAAACCCCAAAAUAUCUGGCAGGCAUUGGCAUUGUUAAAGUCGUGGUGGGAUCCACAGUCGCCGUAUUGCCGCUUCAAGCACUACUUUUACAACCUUGUUCCUCAAGAGCAGGUCCAUUUAUAUCAAAAGCCUGCAAGCCACGACAAAAAGGCAUGGGAUGAGGCUCAAAAGAAAAACCCUGAUCCAUCUCGAUUUGUUCCUGCAUUGGCCAUUGGAUUUGAAGAUGUCAAGAAGCGUAUGGAAGCUCAAGAAAGGCAAUCUUUAGCACAAAUCGCGAUCCUCAAGGAAACUCAAGCCAAAGUCGACAAGUUGAGAAACACGGAUGCCGUGGCAACAGCCAAGAAACUAGAGGAGUACAAGACACGACACAUGGAACUCAUCCAACGAGUAAUAUGGCUAUUGAAAAAGGCACAAGUGCUUCGCAACAAGGGGGUUCCACUUACGGCAGAUGAAGAGAAACUGCGUGCGACGUUGGAGAAUAUCCAAGAACAGCUGGUUCAAUCAGAACAGUUCCAUGGCAAGUUGAGCCAGUUAUGGGCACAGUUACAGUUGAUUAAAGAGUCAGGACGCAAAUACGGCAAAUUGGAUGAUGUGCAUGGCUGGAAUGGUGUAAGCAGUGAUAACAGGGAAAGCAUAACAAAGGUCCUGGGAGAGCAACAAACUGGCAUACAGCAUACAAUGGAUAUCCUUGAAAAGAACCAAAGAGAUGUUGAGAUGAUGAAGAAUCACUAUGAGCUUCACAAUUGAAAAAAAAAAUAUCUUUCCUUUUUACCCUCACCCUUCAAACAACCUCCCUCAUCAACAAUACACAUAUUCACAUUCAACGACACAAGCAACAACAACAACACGUACAUAAU